CUCAGCACCAGUGAGAAGGACUGAGCGUGAGAGGAAGUUCAGCGUUAGGGCGUGGUGCACUAACCAACAGUUAUAUCAGACCGGCAGAUGCUGUGCUCUGUUUGACUCCGAUUGGAUGUGGUACGCAAGAUCAAAAUGAACAGCAAGAUCAUUUUACGAGGGGCCGCCUUUUUCCUGUUACUCGUCUUCAGAAGUUUUGCAGCUGAGAACGUGACAGAAACAGAGACCCCAGCACCAAUGACAAGCCCCACACCUCCGUUUAAUAACACUGAACCCACAGACGAGGGUAAGGAUAACUUGAAAACAACAGAGGUGACAAUGAGCCCAGAAGAAGAGGAUUCUAACCUCACCCUAACUGCAGCAAACACUGAAGACUCUACAGAAUCCCCUGUGCCAUCCUCGGUGACCUCCAAAAAGACAUCUGCCGCACACCCGACCCUUAACACCACCACCUCCAGAAUCGAGGCCGCCAGACCUGUAAAGUGGGACAAGAAAUGGGACGAACCGUUUAAUUACAAUUACUCCAAUCUACGUCAUGUAGGGUUAACCAUCGCCGCAGUUCUCUUUGUGAUGGGAAUCAUGGUGCUUGGUUGUGGCAAAGUGAAACGAAUCCCACGGUGUCAUAUUGGCAAAGGAAGUUCAUACGAGGUGACCAGAAGUUAACACUUUCCCGGCAUUGAUCAGCUGGCCCUGCAAAUAAACAGAAGAACAGCAGAACACCCAGUCAGUCCUGUUUCCACAGCGGUUACAGACUUACAUUUCCCCCUUGUGAGGACAACAUCAUAAGGACAAGAUGGAGAGUUUGUGUGUGUGUGUGUGUGUGUGUGUGAGCGUGUUCAUUAUUUCAAACUGAUCUCCAGGAUUGUCACAGAGGCGCCGGGGAAUAAGAUGUGUGCUAUCGUGCUGCACUAAACGCCAGCAGUAACACACCGGCUGGGACUUUGGCAGAUCCCAACGUAAUCACGCAUCACAGACACAAAAUCCCUUCAUCCCUCUGCUCUCCUGCACCAAACUGCUUGGUUUAAGCAUCAAACUUUGUACAAUAUAGGCCUGUACUUGUGUUUUAUUAUUAUUAUUUCAAUACCAUGCAUCCUCAGAUGUGUCAAUCUUUGUGUAGCUCACAAGCGCCCUCAAGAGGCCUUCAGACACAUUUAUUAUGAGAUCUCCCAAGAGGAGAAGAAUAAAAACAAUUUGACUGA